UGUGACUACACACAUUCCCGUACCCAAGCCCGAUUAAUUCUCCAUCUUUGGUGGCCGCCCAUGCCCGCGCUACAGACGAAUCCCAGCCCCACGGGGGGAAUCAAUUAGGCGGCCUUGACAAGUGCACAAUACAACCCGCGCGCGCAGAAAAACAUCAAUCUUGUCAUAAAUCUUUUUUUUAAACUUGGUGUGCGACGAACCUUUUGCGUUGGCAAUCAAGCUUAUAUCAUUUGCAAGCCCACAAUUAUCUUGCCCGACAUAUCAUACAACCUUCUUUUUAAAUUUUGUUGUUGACCGCCUCACGCAUCGGGGUCGUCCACGCCAAUCCGCCCAGAUAACCGUCGACCCGACCGAUUAUGCCUGCGACUUUACCCCGCUGAGGAUUUACGAGAAGCGCGCGUCUGGCUCACCCUGCUUGACUGCAACAUCCCAUCGAACACCCCCCCUUCGACCAACGAAACAAGCGGCUUUGACAUCUCACCGUCAUACAGGUCCCGCUGCCUGCCAAGCGCGUUCUUCUCGGUCGCAAUGUCGACUUCCUCGGGAACGCCAGAGUCAUGGAUUUCCUCCUUUUGCAGUCUUAUCGGCCACGAGUACUUUGCAGAGGUUUCGGAGGAAUUCAUUGAGGAUGAUUUCAACCUCACCGGGUUACAAACACAGGUCCCCAUGUACAAGGAGGCACUGGAGAUGAUCUUGGACGUCGAGCCCGAAGACGACGAAGACGAAGAGGACGAGGAAGAAGAGGACGAGAUUGAUGAGUCCGGCGAUGGGGUGGGCGCAGCAACGAGGCACGGGGAGCGCCGCAACCACAGUCGCAUAGCGAGCGAUCUCUCCAUGAUCGAGUCGUCAGCCGAGUUAUUGUACGGUCUAAUCCAUCAACGAUUCAUAUGCUCGCGCGCCGGCAUCCAGCAGAUGUCAGAAAAAUACGAGCUCGGCCACUUUGGGUCGUGUCCUCGGACCAACUGCAACCUCGCCCGGACUCUUCCUGUUGGGCUCUCGGACAUACCAGGAGCCGGGACAGUCAAACUUUUUUGUCCGAGCUGUCUGGACGUAUAUGUCCCGCCUAACAGUCGGUUCCAGACCGUGGAUGGUGCAUUUUUCGGAAGAACGUUUGGCGCGCUUUUCCUCAUGACCUUCCCCGAGUUUGAUUUGACCAAACACGGAGCCGAUGGGCUGACGGGCAACUCACACUCGAUUAGCAGCAUGCGGCUGCAAGGUGAGGAAAUCGGCGGUGUCGUGGUCAACGGCUUCCACGCGCGUAAUAUUGCGCCGGGCCUUGGCCGCGGCAAGAUAUACGAGCCGAGGAUCUACGGAUUUCGCGUAUCCGAGGUUGCACGGUCAGGCCCCCGGAUGCAAUGGCUGCGUGACAAGCCCGAAAACGUGACCGAGCUCGACGAGGCAAAGAGGUAUACCGAGGAGCACCCGGACACGGAUGACGAGGAGGGAGACUUGAACAUGAAUCGAAACGGGGCGUCGUCGCGAAGACGACCGGUGGGAAACGCAAGGCUUCGGCAACAGAGGAGGCAACAGAAUGGUAGUCCAAUGGCAGUGACGGAAACAAACGGGGCAGAGUCUGAACUGUGAAUCCAUAUACCCGAACCGACAUUUACUUGCACAUAAGCCAAGACUUCAUUGGCUGUGAGUGGCGGCGGGGGGCGGCUCGUUCAACUCUAAACCAACGUAUCAGGGGUUUACUGCGAGCCGCGCGUGGAAGACCAUUGAACCAGAGUACAUGCCCAAUAUGUCCGUCGUAUUGCGGGAACGGGCUCCGAUGGCAAACUGUCCAAAUCUUCAUUCUUAUCUCAUAAUGUCUCCAGGCGCACGUUUCCCAGCGCCACUUUGUCGUCUCUGCAUCCCCUCCGGCGUUGUCAUGGCACUGGGCUACCAUAUACACAAUACUAUUUUUUUCUGGGUUUCUUUUAAAAUUUCUGUGGUUUCUGUUUGAUGAACCAAAAAAAAAACCUGGACCCCUUUACCCCCCUUUUUUGUUUUGAGCUUUUACUCCUAGCCACGCCUCUGAAGAAGUAACAAUAGGAUGGAUAUUGGCGUUGCAUGUUAACAACAAAAAGGCUGUGCGUAAGAUGUCUCUUGUUUCUUUUUUAUUUCUCGUUCUCUUCUUUAGAUCCCGUCGGCUUGCUUAUGGCCAUCUAGGGGCGGGGUGGCUGGCUUCAUACGAUAUCUCAUACUACUUACUUAUACUUCGUAUACUCGCAAAUUCGGACCAUCUGGUGAAGGCGGUUAUCAAUGAGACUCCCUAAAAAGAAAAGGAAAAAUUGGAGCUCAAUGUCAGCUGCAUAUAGAGAAAAGCCUUUGAUGGGUGCUACAAAGAGCCUUUUUCUUUUGUUUAUUGACUUGGCGAUAUGAUUGCUGGAUAAACACCUGAUUCGAGAACCGGAACAAAAGCAAACAAAAACAAAGUAACAAAGUCUGAAGCUGCCUGCCUUACCUACCUAGGUAGGUAGGUACCCAGGUAGCUUCCAUGCUACCUGGUACGGAAUGUUCCUG